CUGAAGCAGUGAACUUUUGAAAGCAAAAUGACAGGGUUGGCUGAGCCCAGCCAUGGCCUGGCCAGGGUUCUAUCAAGUCAAGGAUUUGAUCCAGACAAUUUUGUCAGCAAGUUGUCACAGAAUGGAGAGGAAGAACUGCUUACAAUGAAGCAGAAAGUACAGAUUCUGGCCGAUGAAACAGCUCACUCACUGAAGAAAAAUGUGUAUAAAAACUACUCACAGUUCAUUGAGACAGCUAAAGAAAUUUCAAUUUUGGAGGGUGAGAUGUACCAGUUAAGUCACAUGUUGACAGAACAAAAGAGUCUGAUGUCAUCCAUGAUGGAGAUGUCCCUGGUCAGUGACAGAGCUAUUGUUGAGGAACCAACAGUGAAAGAAGAAGAUGAAAAUCCAGAAGAAGAAACAAGGAAAAAUCUGGCCUUCCUUCUUGAGAAGGUGGAAGGCUGCUCGAGUGUCACAGAAGUCCCAGGCAGACAACUGAUACAUAAUGGUGACCUUGUUGAACUUGAUCCAGAAUCUCUUACAGCAGUGCAGAAAGUUCACUGUUUUUUACUCAAUGACAGCUUGAUGAUUGCAUCGUGGCUCCCAAAUAGACGUGGUCCAGUGAGAUAUCGAUUCCAGGGCCUGUAUGAAUUGGACAGUCUGGCUGUGGUCAAUGUACGAGAUGCUGGCCCAAACAAAAAUGCCUUCAAAAUACUGAUGUUUCCAGACUCCAAAAUGUACCAAGCAGACAGCUCCAAGUCUAAGAGACAGUGGUUAGACAUUUUAGAAGAAUCCAAGAAGAAGAAAGCAGCUCGAGAUAAACAGAAAAAAGAGGCUAUGUUGCAGGAGCAGCAGGCCCAGGUUGCAGCAGCCACUGCAGUAGAAGAGAAAAAUCCUUUCUUAGAAGAAGAUGAUAGUGAGUCUCAGUCGGCUAUUGAGGCGGACUAUCUGAGUGCUGAGUGGAUACAGGAAAUGCCUGAAGACCUUGACAUGUGUAUCGCUCAGAGGGACUUUGAAGGAGCUGUAGAUUUAGUGGAGAGAGUUAACCAGUACUUAGCUACUUGCCCUAAAGCUCCAGCCAUAAAAGAAUUUAGAUCAAGGAUAGACCACAGAAUUAAACAACUGACAGAGGGACUGAUGAGUGAACUACAGGUGUCACCAGAGAGGUCCUUGAGAGGGGGACCAAGAGCUGCUAGGCGAGCCGUGGCCCAGUUAAUCAGACUUGGAAAAUCUGCACAGGCUUGUGAAUUGUUCCUGAAGAACAGGAGUGCCAUCAUUAAGUAUAACAUUCGCCAGCUGAAAUUUGAGGGGGCCACCACUCUGUACAUUCGUCGUCUUUGCGGGGUGUUCUUUCCAAGUCUGAUGGAAACAGGCAGGGAAUUUCUCAAAGCAUUCCAGGAACACUAUGGCUGCAUGUCAGCAUUUGUGGUGUGGUCCCAGAGUGAGCUGCUGUCUUUUGUGGAGACUUUCAGAAGACAGGUUUUUGGAGGGAAAUCAAACUUAACUGUCAUGGCAGAUUGUGUUUGCAUUGUAAGACAGAGCUGUAAAGAGCUACAAAUGAUUGGACUAGACCUUUCUUUCUGUUUUGAAAAUAUGAUAAGUGCUGAUGUCGAAAAAGCAGUGACGGAAAACAAAGAGCAAAUCAUAGAAGGGGUGAAAUUCAGAGGAAUGGAGGACAAAUGGAGACCAAUGAAUCACAUGAAUGAGAAAGACUGUAACAAGUUUGUGGAGGAGGUGGCAUCCACAGGGCUGGAUUUAAAGCCAUAUAUUUACGAUGUUUGCUUUAUAUCACUAACAGUCAACACAAUCAACUUCUCUAAGGCUUGUCUUGGUUUGUCCAGAGAUCUGCUGAGCAUGUACUCCUCAGACCACGACUCCCUCAUCACCUCAGCAGUAACAGAAAUAUUCCAGGAACAACUUAACCAUAUAAAAACCUCCCUAAGAUCACAAGAAUUCAGUAAAGAGCACGAUUUCAUCAUGAAAAAUGCACAAUUUAUGGUGGAUGUUCUGCUAAAGAAAAUUGAGAGUCAUUACAAAAACAAGGGAUUAACCUUUCCAAAGGACAUUGAGCUUAUGUCUGUUGAAUUCAGAAGAGUUAAAUGACAAUUGAUAUACAGUGAUUUUCAGAGCAAUCCUGUGUGUCUACCAGAGGACCUGACCUCAGACAUCUCCCUGAUAACCAAGAUAUGUCACUUUUGAUAUCAUGUAUUAUUUUAUGAUUUUGCUGAAUGUGCAAUAUUGUUUAAAUGUUACGAAAUAAAUUAUUAUUGCGGUA